GAGGAUGAGCUCAUCGUUUAGAAUCAGUCUCUGUGGGAGAAGAGGGAGAAAGCAGGACGUGGACUCAAAAGAAUCUGCAGAUCUGCAAUACAGACCUGCUUUCAGACUCCUGCCGAGGAUUUUUACAGACGAAAAAAGAAACACAUCAUGGUUUGGUCCAGGGAUGGAGAGACAGAGCGUCCUCCUCUGUCCAUCAUCCUACCAAGACUCUACCUUGGAGCGGAGAGUGACGUGACGCAGGACCGACUGGCCUCUUUGGGUAUUUCCUAUGUUCUGAGUGUGAGCCGCUGCAGCCCCCGACCCUCCUUCCUUCCCUGCUCCAGACACCUCCGCAUUCCCAUUGAUGACUCCCUGCGGGAUGACCUGCUCCCCUGGAUCCCUCAGGCUCUACGCUUCAUCGAUACAGCAAUGUCAUCAGGAGCCUCCGUGCUGGUUCACUGUGCAGCUGGAAUCUCUCGCUCGCCAGCUCUGGCUGUCGCCUACAUCAUGUAUAGCUUGGGAAUGGAUCUGGACCAGGCUUACAGGUUUGUGAAAGAACGCAGACCCUCCAUUUCCCCAAACUUCAACUUCCUGGGUCAACUGCAACACUUCCAGGGCACUUUGCGUCAAAAGACCACUAGUGGUGACUUACUGGACAACGACCUUCCAUCCAUCAACCACAAUAAUAACCACACCCCCACAAUGAUCCACCAGGCCGGUGAGAAUUCCUGCCAACAGAGACAUUCAAGUCCAGAUGCUAACGGCAACCAGCGGCUGUUCUCAUCAGGGACACUUUGGACAAUCAACCAGGAGGAAGUCCAGACUCCCUUCAGGGUGUCCAGUCCAAGAACAAAACCCACGCAACUACAACCCCCAGCAGGCUCUGCUUCCCUUUCGGAAAGACGCAAAACCCUCAGCCUCUGUUUGACCCCCUUGGGGGUCUGUCCCGCUACAACCACACACCCCAGUAACCAACCUGAGAACACCAAUGCUUCCAAAAGUGUCCACAAGAGGGAGCCUGGGGCGAAGACGCAGAGGAACAGUGGGUCCUUGAAGCAAACAGAGGAGUCAACACAAAGCAAGAGUUCACACACAUCAGAGGUGAAGGAUCAAGGCCUGCUGUCGCCUCUCGGUUGCACCCUCAAUAAGCUGCUGGACUGGGGGGAGAGGAUGCUUCUGGGAGGGGUGUUUGCCCACCCGGUCAAGAUGGGACAGCCUGCUUUGCCAUACAGGUGCUGAGUGGAAUCUGUGAAUGUGUUUGUGCAUGUCAUGUACAUACAAAUCAUCAGCAGCAACACCUUUGUUUAUUUAUUCCUGACUGGAAUUAUUUUCACAGUUUAUAUUGUCAUUGUCAUUGGUAAGAAGGCGUUAAUUUAAAAUGAUUUUGUCACUUUGACCUGAAUUGUACAAUGUUUGCUGACUAUUAAACCUUUCAU